AAUGCCUGGAACCCGCUAAGCUCAGCGGGCUGAUCAAGAACAUCGAGACGGAGCUGAAUGCUAAGGGGAUCAACGACAACCGAUACGCGUUCAUCCGCUGGAACAUGGACUCGAGUCCGUACGUCCAUGUCAUCGACGGGAAGCACUUCACCAAUCAAAGGAACCUUCAAAGGGAACUCGACAACAUGGAGCUCACUGGUGUGACGAAUGGCCAAGGCGACCUGUACGAGGUGAUCGAAUUCGCAGCCAAGCUCCCUUUCCGAGCGGGAGUCGGCAAAUCCCUCGUGAUCGUCUCUUGCGAGGAAUGCGGAAGGCCCGACACCCAGGCCUACGCCGACACCCUCAAUAUCCUCUUGGAAGCUGAUAUGCGACUCCACUUGCUUUACCCAACGAAGAUCGGGCUCAAGGGUGAGAAAAUCGCGAAGCCCCUGGACGCUCCGGUUGGAUUCGACGACGGGAAGGUGUUUACCCUCAAGGAUUCCAGGGAUCUCCAGGGAGACCGGAACUUGAAGGAACGGCUGGCCAUCGAGAAGGACUUCUGCAUGCCGUUGGCGAUCGAAACAAAGGGCUCUGUGUUCACGAUGAACUUCCUGAGGGACAGACCGAACCGAAUCAAGAAGUUGUGGUCUGUGUUCGGACAGAGGCUUUCCGAGACAGCGCUGCCCUCCCCUUGCCUUCGAUGCGAUUGCGUCCCUGAUCGGAGUGGGAUGGGACGCACUAUGUGCCACCCUUGCAUCCCGCCUUCCCUUUCCGACUUCUUCGCUAGCUUUGACCGCUUGGAGUACAGCAGUUCUUAGAAAGGAACGGAGUUCGACGAGAGCCCCUUGAUCUCUAUCGUCUUUUGCUGCAUAUAUAUACUUAUGGAACAUAUUUCAUUCACUUCCAGAAAUAAAAAUGUAUGAUCAUU